AGCGAAAUUAACUCUACAAAAAAUUUGUUUGGGUCAGCUGUCAAAAAUUAUUUGAUUAAAGGUUGAACAAGUGAUGAUUAAUUCUGCAUGUUGGUGUAAGUUUUAAAGCUGGUUACACAGAUAAAUAAUAUUCUAUUCAACUUGAUAUUCAGCCAUCUAUGUAUUGCUGACUUAAAAGGUUGAACAAGCCAUACUUCAGACCAACACUCAGCUGUCGGGACAGCUCCUAAUAUCGACUCUAAUACUGUCUAAUAAAUAUUAGUUUCCUAAUCUUCAGAAAAAAUCAAAGGGUUUUAGUUCUAGUAUGUCAUGACUUCCGCGAUUGAAUACUUCUGUCAAUGAAAUGGCGGACGCAAACACGGUUUGUAUAAACACAGUCCUAAUUUUUCCGUUUUAAAUUUACAAUCCGCUAUAUUUUUUUUUAGCAUCGGUAUGCCAGUUUCUGGCGAGAGAUUGAAUAUGUUGUAGGGGUAGUUCCAAAGCGAGUUCAAAGAAUCUUAGAGAUUGAAAACUACGCAGCAAGCUCAAGUAUUGGCGAUAUGAAGGAGCAAGACCUGGCUGAUAUUGAAGCGGAUUUUCAACACCUGGCGGACCACUACGCCACGCGGGUUACCGUUGAUGAUUACAACGAGAUUUACGGACCAUUCCAAAACAAUCCCGAAAGGUUCAAGCUUCUUAGCGGCGAAAAAAAGACCAUGAUGGCUAUUGCGAAAGCGGUUUCGCAACACGGAAUUGAAAAAUUUCUCGACGGUGUUUUCGAAAAACCAAACGCCAGGCUUAACGAAAGUGUGGAUGUGGUAGCCAAAAUAAAGGCUUAUUAUGCAGAAAGGUAUGUUGCCGAAACAAUCUGUAUUUCUUCAAUAAAGAUUUCGCCCUUUUUUUAGGCAAGCAGAUUCUGUAGAAUUCAAGCGGUUUUUUGAUGGACUAUCUAACUUGACCAUCCUUGACGUUACGCAUGAUGGAAUUAUACUGAACUGCGUAUUUUGUUUACCGAACAAACCGCAGAAAGUCCUAAGAUCUGGAAGUGGCUGGUUGAUCGGUAAUUUCGUAAAACACUGUGAAAAAUUUCAUUAUGCACUACCAGAAGCUGGACCAAAACGAAAACGGAAACGCCGACAUGAAGUCAAUGCAACUAGCGAUGCCAGAUACUCCGGAGAUAAAUCCACUUCUGAUCCAGAUCUUCCGUUGUUCGAUGUCGACGAAUUUAUCGAAGCAAAUGAUACAAAUGCAAACAUGUCCGGUGAGGUUUGAAACUAUAUGCUGACGAAUUAAACUAGUUAAUAAUGUAUACCAUGUUUUGUUUGUCUAAUAACAGUCAGGACUUUUUACAUAAGAAUGUGAACCGUGUGAAUGAAAACUUAGAAACACGCAUCGCCAAACAACUCGUUCAUGCUUUGCGUAACGAACGAAAUUUUAAUGAUAGGUAGUAGUCGACCAUUUACAAUGGCACAUGUCCCGGAGUGUUGACAUAUUGAAAAACCUCAGAAUAAUUCAAGAACAAGAUCUUUUAUUCACACGGUCACGUAAACCACGUAAAUCCACACUGUAAUCCUUUUUCAAUGAAAAAUAAAGUUUUUCUCAAUAUAUUUUUGUAGACAACACCGAUUCUGAAACCGAGGAUCCAGAUGAUGCUAUUGUGUUGAAAACCUUCAUAAAUAUGCAUUCCGCAUGGAAAGAUAAAAAGUUGCAAGCAAGGCGAUAUACAAGCUUCGAAAAAGACAUUUGCGCAUACCAAUUUUUAACGGCCGGCAGAGGAAACUAUGCCUUUUUAGCUAGCAACAGCAGCACGAUAUCUAUAAAGACAAUUCAACGCCACUUGAAACAAAAUACCGUUCAAAUAACCGAGGGAAAAAUCGACGCCAAAGGACUGAAGCAAUAUCUGUUGCGGAAUGAAUUCCCACUGGCUGUAAUCCUUUGCGAAGAUGCAACCAAAAUUUCUGCAGCAUUGGAAUAUGAUUACAUUAGCGAUUCUGUUCGGGGUUUGGUGUAUCCAUUGGAUGAACAUGGGCUACCAAACACAGAUUUAUUUACUGCAACAAGUGCAUAUAAAAUGGCGGAAGAUAUUGAAAAAUAUCCUGUCGGUAAUCAUGCAUACGUCCAAUUAGCACUACCGCUAGCUAACAAUGCAUCUCCUUAUGUGUUGUUCCACACGUGCUCAGAUAACAAAUUCGAAGCAAAAGACGUACUAAACCGAUGGAAACAUACAGAAUACUUAUUAGAGAGGGAAGGUAUAAAAGUCAUGGCGCAUGCAAGCGAUGGCGACCCAAGGCUGUUAAAAGCCAUGAAGAUUCGGGAGGAUAUGGAAGCAGCGAUACUCCAUCUCGUUGGGGAGAUUGGUUCAGGAUUCGUGAAAGCCUGACGACACCGAUCAACGUACACACUGUUAACAAGUUCCGAAAUCGGCUUAUCAAUUCAGAUAUGCAAUUUGGUAUUGUUUUGUUUGUUUAUGUUGUACUCAAAUUGUAAUAACUUUUGUUUUAAUUAUACAGGCCGUUACACCAUCACAAAAACUCAUUUAAAACAGCUGGUUCUAUACCACUCGAAGGAUAAGCAUUGCUUAACAAUGUCGGACAUUGACAUUAAAGAUAAAAUGAAAUUCGGGCCGACACUAAAAAUGAUGAAGAAGCCAACCAUUGAGUAUUUGAAAGAUAAUAUAGCCGACAGUAACGCAACCGCCCUUUUCCUUGAUCUAAUGCGUAUGAUGUAUCGGUCGUACGUUGACGAGGAUGUCAUGCCACUGGAGAGAAUCCAAGAUUUAUGGACUGCGACCUUCAUAGUUCGAGCAUGGCGGAAUUGGACAAAGAAACGAUUUCAAAAUAUGAAACAAUGCAUUUCUUCCAACGCAUACAUGUCGCUUGAGUUGAAUGCUCAUGCUUUGAUUGUUUUCAUGGAGUUUUGCCGAAGCAAUGGCACUCCAGAACAAUUUUUGGUAUCCUGUUUGUCUAGCCAGCCGAACGAGAAAAUUUUUCGACAGCUAAGAUCAAUGGCAACAACUAAUCAAACCAUUGUAAAUUUCACCGCUAAAGAGCUGACCAGUAAACUAAAGAGAGUUCAGAUGAAAACUGAUAUUAUGUACCGAUGUAGCGAUCGUGUUAAUUUUCCCAGCAUAACGCGAUAUUCAAACAAUCGCAAAGUUCAAUAUUCUCUGCCAUCCCCAGAUGAAAUUAUUGAUGCAGUGAUUAGAGCAAAACACUCCGCCAAUGAUGCAUUGGUUGGAAUAGGAAUUGAGGAACAAAACAUUAACAUGGAUGACUCAAUUGCUCUUAUAGCAGAUAAUCUACCACCGGAAUUUGAAUUCAUUGAUAUGCAGGAUUACGAAGACGAUGACCAUGACCAGGAAGAGGAUAAUAUAUUCGAAAAUAUUGAAGCUAAUCUUAAUCCAAGCUUUCAACACGAAGAUUCUGAAAUUGAAGAGAAUAUCGACGAAGAAUAUGACGCUGAGCUGCAAUCGAAAGAGGACCACAUAUCUGAACCUAACGAUAUCACUGAUGAAGAACCAAUUUACGAAGCAUCGAGAUUAUUUCCAAAUUGCGGAACACAUUUAAGCUUGAAAAGUACAACAGCGGGUACCAAGCACACGUUCAGAAUAUCAACUAGUACCGGUUUAAUACGAAAUAUCAAAAAAGCUACCUUAUUAUGGAUGUUGGUACCAAGCCGAUACAAAUUGAGUACCGACAGAAUAAGAAGAUUUACCCAAAGAGAUUUUGAGAUUGUUUAAACUACAUUUGAAGCCAUUGAUAUUAAAUUUAAAAUUUUAUUAUCAGUUUAAAUUGUUAUAUUAAAUAAAAUACU